AUGCUGAACAAGUGUCCGACCCUGCUGCUGGCUCUGACCGCAGUGGCCGGACUCGUCCGGCGAUGCCGAGGCUGGAGCGACGAGGACGUGCUGCUUCCGCCCGUCAACUCCUCCGACGGGUUCCUGGCCGACCUGGGGGUGGACGUGCGUCUGUCCAGGAGGUCCGCGGGAGGGGACGCGCCGUCCCCGUGCAACGUGAGCGUCCAGAGAGCGCUGCCCGCCUCGUUGGUGGCCCGCUGGGACAGCAGCUCCGGCUUCCAGUGCGACGUGCUCAUCUACAGCACCAACAACCACGGACGGGCGUUUUUCUCCGCCUCCUUCAACCGGGCCAUCUCGCCCGUGGUCAUCGAGCAUCUGGGGACCACCGGGGGUCAGCAGGAGUUGAGGCUAUGCGUGGGCUGCGGGCUGUCCCGCUACAGGAGGCUCGGCCCCGGCAGGGCGAGGGGCCAGCACGGCGGCGAUCGGGUCACCUUCUGCUGCGUGGAUUUCAGCCUCGACGAGCUGAAGGGUGACAAAAGUUGGAGGCUGAACAGAAAGCCCAUCGAGUCCACACUCGUGGCGUGUUUCAUGACUCUGGUCAUCAUCGUGUGGAGCGUUGCUGCUCUCAUAUGGCCGGUUCCCAUCAUUGCAGGCUUCCUGCCCAAUGGGAUGGAGCAGAGAAGACCCAGGUGACUGACCUGAUCGAUGACGAGCCCGUGCUGCCUAUACCUAAUAUUAAUUGUAGCCAUUAUACUCCUUUGCCACAAUGAAUGGGCGACAGUUUAUUACAAUUCGGGUCAUUUGGAACCCCAAUUAACCUCCUCAGAGGAUCAAGGUAUGAUUGAAUGAAUGGAUGAAUGGAUGGAUGGAUGGAUGGAUGGAUGGAUGGAUGGGUGAGU